CCGAUUGGCGCGGCGCUCGAAGUGGCGGCGUGUGCGGGUGGUGGAGCUGGGCUGCUGACGGCCGGUCGCCCGGGACAAACUCCUUUCUUCCAAACUCGACGUACGGCGAGGCUGAUCUCAAUAUUUGGUGGCACAGGAGUGCGUCAGUCUUUAUUAAAAUUAAUGGACGCCACACGUCUCAGCUGAAUUAAGGCUCAAAUGUGCAACAUGCUCUUCUGAAUUGGUUUUGUCCAGAAAACCCAAGUGCCAUACUGUGGUUGAACUAUGGGACUGCCUAAAGCUUCCAGAUUCCUGUGUAAUGUGGAUUGCAAACUUGUGAUGUAGCCCUGAUGUUUUUAUUCCUGGUUGAAGUGAUUAGGAUGUUCUUGGGAUAUGCUGGAGUGAACAUGAAUUCAUUGCAGCUGUUCUGGGCAAACAAACCAUAUGGUUCAUCUCGUAGUAUAAUUCGGAGAAUAGGCACCAACCUACCUCUUAAACCAUGUCCUAGAGUUCACUUUCAGCUCUGCUCAUUUGAUAUUUUCCGUAUUCUAUUUUUUCAUAGCCCUGGAGAAGCUGCUCAGAAUUCAUCAGAGGCACAGAAUGGUGAAGUUGCUUCCCUGGCUGAUGUGGGUUGGAUUGUUGGUGAACGAGUUGAUUCAUUUACAAACCUGAGAUCCCAUGCUAACCUUGCUGAGCAUCAGGCCUUUUGUCUUGCAAGACCCAUCAGCAGGCAAGCUUCCCUGCCAAAUAUGAGGAACUUCAAAACCAAACCUGGGACUUCCACAGUAGCUGGUGAUGCAGCACUAGAAAAAAUCAACCUAUUGGAGAAUGAACUUGCUAAGUUAAGGGAGCAGAUUGCCAUGAUUGUGACAAUACAAGAACAAAGCAAUCUCUCGGCAGUGACACCUGAUGCUGUUCCUCAUUGUGUUCCGCCAUUGCUGCCACCUCCUCCCCCACCUUUACCUCCCCCACCUCCUUUCCAUCGGAGUGUGUCUACAAUUGACCUCAUCAAAGAACGAAGGGGAAAGAAAGCUGACAGUGGUCGGAAACUACAUAGUCCUAAACAUCAAAUGCCAAACAUGUUGGAAGUUCUUAAAGACAUCAGCAAGGUGAAACUUCGAUCAGUGAAGAAACCUGCUGAUGACUUGAAGCCCAGACCAGACCAAUGUGCAGACAACCGACGGCUUUUAAUAGCAGCAGCUUUGAAACGAAAAUUUGCACAUCGCUACAAAUGUGACAGCUCCAAUGAAAGAUGUUCUUCAAAUUCUGACUCCAAGGCAAGCACAGAACCACCAAAGUUUGGGCAACAUUUGCUGAAGCCUACAGGAAAGAGAAAAUCGUCAUUUGAAAACACAUCUCAGUUUUGAUCGAAAGCUUGGACAAAGUAAAGGCUUAUACUUUUCCCCCAAAUGGGGUUCGGUUCUGGUUAGACAAUUAUAUGAAGCAGUGCCACCGUCUUCAAUUUGCAAUAUGUCAUAAUAAUGAAAGCACAUUUUAACAUUUAGUUCAUCGACUUUUUUAUUUAACAGUUGCUGUUUUAUGUGCUCAUGAUGAGAAAGUAUUUCUGUAACCAAACUAAAUGUUUUUCGUGUUGGUGUUCUAGUGUUUUUGUGUAUAUCCUAAAUUCUAAUCUAACUAAAAUAAAUUGGGCAACUGUUUUAGUUGUGUUUAAAUGUAGGAGGGGGAGUGGUACUGGAGGAGGGUGUCAUGGGUUUAUUUUUACUUUGACACUAAGAAUGAAGAUAAAAUACUUGUGCUUUGCACCUGUCCUUUAAUGCAACUAGAGUAGCCCCAUAUAAAAUGGUCGCUAUGUUUGUGUACUCAUUUGUCUCAGUGUUUUAAUUAUAGGUAUCAAUGCUGAUCAUAUUACCACAGUCGUAAUUGUAAGAGGCCUGAUCUGACGUGGUUUUGGUAUCUUAAGACUGCUAACAUUAACCUUCCUCACCAAUUCUAACUACUUUUAAACCAGCCCUUACUAACAAGUUUUUUUUAAAUGUGAUAAGUGAUUGAAGAUAAAUUACUAUAUUUUUGUUACAUCUAUAUUAAUUUAAAAGCAUCCUGGAAGUCUAAUUCUUUCAUGCAAAUCCUAAGAAUUCUGGGCAGCAGUAUCUAAAAGAAUUGUUUUAGAUGAUAGAUAUACAUGUGCGCAACAACCAUUUUAAUCAUUUUGUAAUGUGCACAGCUUUAUAUAUGUUAUAUAGAAAUGCACUAAAAACAAACUCCUUUAAAUAGAAAAAGUUGCAGUGCUGCUUCAUUUUAGACCAUGAUUAUAAACAAUGAUUGGUAGAUUUACAUUAAAACUACACUACAAGUUCUGGAAUUACCCAGGUCCUAUUUUAGAAAAAUAAGGUUGGGUAUAGUCUCAGAAAAUCUUCAUGCAAAGCAUUUUCUAGAUUGCCAUCUGUUAUUUAAAGGUAUUAAAUUUGCAGCAUUAUUAUAUGAUCUAAAAAUGUAUUCAGUUUCUUGUUCAUUGACAUGCAUUUUGUAUUUUGUGGGAUAGGGAAGAUGCAAGGUGCAAUGAGAUUUCACUUCUAGCAUUGCCAUCUCUCCUGCUUCCUUUGGGAGGACUGAGGUGGGAAAAGUAUUUCCAAGCCAGAAAGUCAUAAAGAGUAAUAUAUAAAAGGAAAUGCUGCAGGAUGGUUUGCUUUCGGUUAUUAAAGAUAAUUAAGAUUACCUUUUGCCCCCCAGUGGGGGGCAUCUCCCCAACCAUUGCCAGUAUCAAUUUUCACCAACUUUGAUAAAUGUGAUUCAGAGGAAAUUUCUCAUCUUUGCUUCUAUCCCCUCCCUGCUUGCAUGGGGGAUUUGGGGAAUGAAAUCAGAUUUUAUGUUGUCCAGCUCACUUCCUGCCAAUGUUUUGUUUGUGAAAAAUAUUUCAAAUAUAGCAACAUCUGACAAGACUUAAAAUAUUGUGCUAGCUUGUCUGGUAAUAAAUGAAAUACAAAUUUCAAGCAUUCUUGGCAAUCUAGAAUAUGUGAAUGUAGUAAUUUAUAAUCUGGGAAGUUUGCUGGUUCUAUCCUUGAUGCAAAGUACAUCAUAAAAAUAUAUUUGUGGAACUUGACUGUAAUGCCGACAUUAGUGUUUACCUAAUCUGUUUUUAUUGCUUUUGGAGUAUCAGCAAACUUUUAGCAUUUUACGUAGAAUACAAAUACAACACAAAUCCACUUUAGAAGUAAAUUAAUAUUUUUUUGUUAAUUUUGGUUCUCUUAAGAACAGGAUAUAAAAUCACAUUGAUUCUGUGUCCCUGUUGCAUGUUUGACAUUUGUGGACUAUACGUGUUUGAUGUGCCAAAUUCACAAAGUUAAUAAUUUUACAGCAAUUGUGAAUGAGGAUGUGUGGAAAAAAAAUAUUGCUGUUAACAUUUGCAGCUGGUGAUCAUCAAUCAAAUAAACUAACAACUUGUUCUACUGUAUAUUAAUUAUAUUUCAAAUGGUUUAAACCAAAAUAAAACUGAAUAUUUGGCCAUACUACCAUUUUCUUGUAUUGGUAAUUAGAAUCAUAUACAUGCUUUUAGUACUUAUUCUUGGCUCAGAUGCAUGUACAGUGCAUCUGGAGUGUCAGAGAAAAACUAAUACUUAAAGCUUUUAAGGUGGUGGUUUAACAAUGAAACCAGCCCAAUAAGUUAGUGAGCUAAGCAGUUGCAUUUUCAGAUGAUUUGACUUGUAUUCUUGAACUACGUAGCAUUGAAUAGCCAUUGUUAGACAGUAUUGGCUAUUGGUACUGUAGUCUAAGAACAGGCUUUGUCCUCUGGCAAAAUUCUAGAGAUGGAAAUCUGAAAUAAAAAAAGCCAAUAAAAGCAAUUUCAAAGAGUCAUUGACCUGAAAUGUAAACAGUGUUUCUUUUUGCAUGGAUGCUGCCUGAUCUAAUAUUUUUUGCAUUUUGUUUUUGAUGUGCAGUAAGGUUUAUUUGUACCUUUCCUAAGCACUGUCCAUACAGUUGUGUCAUCAAGUGGCUAAAAUUUGCAACUAUCUGUUAAAUGGAUUUAAUACAUCUCAAACUUGUGCUCUGUGGUUCCAGGUUUCUGUUGAAAUGGUGAAUAUUACCAUAAAGGUGUGGGCAAAAUUGAAUAUGUCUACAUGUAAACUUGGAACAUAGAACACUUGGCAAAUGCAGUUUUCAACAUAUUUCUUUAUGCAGUGAAAUUCUGUCAAGUAACAAUUGCCUUAAAUAAAAAUUUUAAAUAAAAAUUAUUUAAAUUUGG